CUCUCUCUCUCAUUGUGUUUACAGCCUUGGAGAGAGUUGCAUAUCUGACAUUUCUCUCUCAAACUCCAACCAGCUCUGUUCUCAUCUGAGAGAGAGAAGAGAAGAGAAGAGAAGAGAAGAGAAGAGAAGAGAAGAGAAGAGAAGAGAAGAGAAGAGAAGAGAAGAGAAGAGAAGAGAAGAGAAGAGAAGAGUUUUUGUUCUGUAACCAGGAACCAGUCCUCUUCAGGCCAGGCUGCCUAAGACACCUGACCUGAGCUGACCUCCAGACAACCAGCAGCAGUUAGACUCCCUGACUUCACCUCCUUAAAACCAGCCUGACCAGCCCAGUCCAGCUCCUCUCAGUCUAAACAAGCCCAGCAGUCUGACUCACUUCUCCCCUCUCUUAAUCCAACCGAUCAAAAUCUAACCACUCCGCUGUCUCCAUGGAGCGUGUUCAGCACAUGACCAAGUCGGCCAUCCGCCGAGCAUCUCAGAUCGAGGUGAAUCCACAAGCCAAAAGGAACCUGCAGGAGCUGUUUGUCAACUUCACCCUCAUCCUCAUCUGUCUGCUUCUUAUUUACAUCAUCGUCCUGCUGAGCAGCUGAGAGCUGCGGAGCUAGAGAGAGUUUGGCGAGGCUGUGCUGUGGAAAAGGGUUUGGCUGAUAUAUGGGUUUUACUGAUAAACACAGAUCAGAUUUCAUCCCCAUGUAUCAGCCUAACUCUGUUUGACAACAGCCAUGAAGAAGGAUCAUGGCCAAACUCUCUCAGUUCAUGGCUGUGGCUGAGCUCAAAGAAGAUGUUUCUGUGGGAGCUGAUCAAGGAUCAGCUUCCCUGCCUGUCUUUCUCAAGGGAAUGAUCAAAAGUGACCCGACUACAACAGUUUAAACUUCACUGAUAUACUGUAUGCAUGUAUAUCUGCCUGCUGCUCAUUCAGAUUAAUACCAUGCUUACAUUACAAUGUGCUGAUAAGUCGAUUUACAAAGGACAGUGAUUCCCUCCAUUCAAGACAUCCGGAGCUACAAUGUCUCCUGCAUAAGUAAUAACACGUGCAAUGUGUGUAAUACUGAAAUAUCAAUAUAUCACUUUUGUUUAACUUCUAUUUCCCAUGAAUCCUGUUCCUUCCUCCAGCCAUCAUCCCCACCAAGAGGAGAAAGAUAAACAUGCUGGAAAUGAUUUUUCCAUCAGCAUUUUUACUUCCUCCUUUGUCUGCCACUGCCAGAACCCACAGACAGACAGUAGAUAGUGACACUAGGUUUCUCUAGAUCUUGAAACGUGACUGCGGCCAUUUUAGUGGCUACCAGAACAUAAAAAUCCAUUUGGCAAGAAGAAACCAGGGUGGGAAAGCAGCAAAGACAACGGCUGAUUCCAAAAGGCUCAGUCAAUUAAGUAGAUCACACUUGGAGCACUUCUACAGCAUGUAUUGCAUACUUAAAAACAUAAGACGACAAGUGGAUUAUGACUGCUAAAGUACAUUUUGGUAAAGAAAAAAAAACAUCCAAUCACACAGCUGAGGUUAAGAUUACACUGUUAAGAAAA